AUGGUGUCAACCAAACGCCAGAUGUUGGGCAUCAUUCUGGCCAUGAUUGGGUUUAUCGGAACUGCUGUCGUCUGCGGUUUGCCAAUGUGGAAGAUGUCAGCUUUCAUUGGCUCCAACAUUGUGACUUCCCAGGUGUACUGGGAAGGCUUGUGGAUGGACUGUGUGGCUCAAAGCACAGGCCAGAUGCAGUGUAAGGUCUAUGACUCCCUCCUCGCUCUUCCUCAGGAUCUACAAGCAGCUCGUGCCCUGGUGGUCAUCUCCUUGGUCGUUGGAAUCUUUGGAAUCAUCCUUUCAACAUGUGGCGGGAAGUGUACCAACUUCAUAGAGGACGAAAACUCCAAGGCUAAGGUUGCUAUCACGAGUGGCAUCAUUUUCAUCAUCUCAGGCUUUCUUAUUCUAGUUCCAGUGUGCUGGACCACCGACGUCAUCAUCAGGAAUUUUUACAACCCGACUCUCAUCGAUGCUCAGAGAAGGGAACUGGGAGCUUUGCGCUUGCAGAUGUUGGGUAGUGCCCUCGCCCUACUUGGCUGGGUCGGGGUUAUUCUGAGCUGCAUCAUGCCGAUGUGGCGAGUGACUGCCUUCGUGGGCAUGACCAUCGUCACCUCCGAGAUCAUGUGGGAGGGCAUCUGGAUGACCUGUAUAUUACAGAGCACAGGUUAUCUUCAGUGCAAACCUUACGAAUCCAUGCUGGCACUCGGCACUGACCUGAAGGCUGCUCAGAUCCUCACGGUGGCAUCCAUCUUGACUGGAGCACUAGGCCUCAACCUGGCCUUCAUCGGAGGGAAGUGCACUCGCUUCAUGGACCACAGCGGAGAAGCGAGGAAAGCCCGGGUCGCCACUGCUGCUGGUGUGGUUCUCAUCAUCGCCGGCCUGCUCUGCUUGAUUCCAGUGUCUUGGUCUGCUAUCUACGUGGUCCAGGCAUUUUACAACCCUCUGAUGUUGGAUGCCCAGCGCAGGGAGAUUGGAGCGGCCGUCUACAUCGGCUGUGGUGCUUCCAUGUUGCUGUUCCUAGGUGGGGGCAUGCUCUGUAGCACCUCCUGUGGUCAAAAGCCAGAGUACGAGAGUCCAUCAGUCAAGUACAUGAUCGUACGCUCGUCCCGUGCUGGUUCUACCACUGCAAGUUCACAGCGAGUCUGGAUCACCAAGUCAGCAAUGCAGAAUGGCGCACCAUCAAUGAGGUCUCAGUGGAGUAAUGGAGGACUAACCAAUCAGCAGCAGGAGAGACCGGCUUCAGCAGGAUCCAAGCCCAGCAAGCCUUCAACAACCAAAUCACAACUUGAUUUGGAAAAGUCAGCAUUAGAGUCGGACCAGAGUGAGGGGCCGACAACCCAGAAGUCCCAGAUGUUUCACACUGGCUCUGAUCCAAGCUUGACUCCUUCUGAAACAAAUCCUGAACAGACCUACAUCUGAGUUACACCUGAGGUCAAAAGAUGCACUAAGAAGAUAUUGAAGCACUAAGACUUUGUAGGAUGCAUAUUGGACAUGUUUGGUUCUAGUGUGAGGGGAUAAUCAUGCACUUUGACAUUCUUUAUAACAAGCACUGUGAAUUAAUUCCACAUCUGGAAUUUCGUCUUGAUUUAGCAAUAUUCUGAAAUAAAAUAUACAAAUUAGGAACUAUGUAGUACUGUUUUUGUGCACUAGGCACUUUUUAGAUAACAUUUAAUGCAAUUUUUAUGCAAUGCUGGGAUUGGUGCACAGAGAUGGAUUGCCUUUAACAUGCAAUUUUAGUACAAUUAUUGUGAAUCAUUUAAUUUAUUAUUAUAAUUUAAGUAAUGUACAAAAAGGUAACAACAGACUUCCAACAGAGUCAAUGACUUUUUACUGUUAUUUAGACAACAUUUCAGUCCAUUGCACUGUGAUAGAAAGUAGUGCUCCAUGCAUAGCAGAUGUAGUAAUAAUGAAGUUAGAAUAUGUUAGAAUAUAUUGUAGUUAUUGUUUUUUUGUGUUGUCAAGCCAAAUCAGUUCUGUCUUACUGUAGAUGAAUAAUGGUAAAUAUAAAAUAAAUAUAUAAAUAUAAUAUAAAAUAUAUAAAAUAAAUAAAUAUAAAAUAAAUAUAUAUAUAUCAAUCAGGGAGUGAGUGUAAUGUUGUCUACGCUUUAAAUAAUUAUAUAUAAAAUUAUAUAUUAAUUAUAUAUAUAUAUGUAUAUAAUAGUCACCUUUUUAUUUGUGUUUGAUAUCUGUAAGUUCUUUAGUUGUCAUUUUGUUUACAUAUUACUUUUGAAUUAAGCUCAAGUAGAUACAGUAUAUACCUCAUAAAUGACUUACAAUUCCUGCCUUUACACAGUGUAAUUGUCACUCUGAAAGAAUAAUAAAAUGCUCUCACUGGCCACUGGCUGCUUGAAAUGUUAAGAUGGACAAUAUUUGGACUGAAAAGCCCCUUUGUCUUCAUCCUCUUCUAUUACCCUUUCAUGAUAAGCAGGGCCUCAGGAGUGAAAGAGAGUCGUAGGCCAAACCGGUUCAACAGAGACUGAACUCACGGAAGUGGUUUGCGUUUCGUGUGGAUGUUGAUGAUCCAAAAUGUUUCAGAGUUUCGCUGCAUUGUUUGGGAGUUUAAAACGUGAUGCAUAUUCUUUACUUCUGCAAUUCUGUACUUGUACCUUAAAUAAACCUAUGAAUAUGCUAAAUGUUUCUUGUCUGAAAACAAAACUAAUAAAAUACUUUUAAGCACA